CCUAUUUUUGUAUCACUGGAUACAGACAGGUUUUUUGAGAGGAACACUCAGAAUAUUGCGAUCCAAUGAUGCACACGUUUGAGAACACCUUCAUCCGAGGACCCUCGCCGUCCUAUUCCGACGAUGCCAACUCGGAGAACGCGCUGUCCGUGACGCUGCCCAUUGGAGGAGUGGUGUCGGAUUUGGACUUCUGUCGCGACGACUCAAAGACGGAUACGGCGGACUACUUCGACGAGAAGUACAACAGCGACAGCUGCUCCCGCCUGCAUCCCGGCCACCAAGGACGCAACACCUUCGCCUUCUGGACCAUUGUGAUGCUCCUUCUCGUCCUUACCGUUGGCAAUCUCGUCCUGACCCUCACCAUUGUGGGUGUGCUGCGCCUGGGCAAGGGUGUCCAGGGCAUGGAGGUGAUACCCGAGGAGGAUGUGGUCAAGUUCUACGGCUCCACGGACCUGGAGCGGGUGCAGACCAAUGCGAUUGGCCAGAUCCACGGCUUCUCCGAUGUCCCAGUGACCAUCAGCAGUGAUGCCGACAAUGGCGAUGGCCAGGCCGGCGUCCAUGUGCGGGUGUUCCGCAAUGCCAACGGGGCCAGCAGCGAGCGCGACAGGAUUGUCCUCAACAGCGAGGGCAUCCUCGUCCAGGCCACCAAUCUGUUCGAGGUCAAGGACCCGGUCGACAAGCAACCCGUCUUCACCACCCACCGUCCGCAGUACAACAUGCCCGGCGGCGUGGAUGCUUUGCUGGCCAAGGUCGUGGGUGCCAGCGGCAUCGCCAGCCCCAUCGACGAGUCCCUGCUGCUGGAGAGCGACGGACGCGCCGCCAUCCGGGGCUCCGAGGGCGUCUACUUCGACGGGGCCAGCGUAGAGAUGCAGGCCGAGCACCAUGUCGCCAUCAACUCGACGCAGGGCGCCACCAUCCUGGAGGCCGGCACGGGCAUCUUCCUGGACAUGGAUCGCAUCCCGAUUGUCAGCUCGGAGCUAGGCCUCCGCACCGGCAGUGUCCAGUACAAGAUCUGCGCCUGCAUGCCGCACGGCACUCUCUUCCGCAUCGCCAUUCCACGGGUGCACAACGGGCCGAAGAUCACGUGCGCCCACUUCAGCGGCAAGGACGAUCCCUGCGAGAUCAACUAAGUGCUGUCGGAAAUAAAGAAUCGUUACGAUUAUCGUAUCCCUAAAACAAA